AUGAAAAAUAGAGUAGAGAGUCUCAGAACAGAUAAUAGUACUAUUUCUAAUUUUGUACAAGGUAAAUUAUGGCAAAGUAAAAUAAGGCAGUUUGAAGGAAGGUUAGUUUUUCCAUACWUCUUAUAUAUUGAUGAUGUAGAAAUUAACAAUCCACUAUCAUCACAUGCUGGUUUUCAAUCAAUCUCUGCUAUUUAUUAUAGCUUUCCCCUUGUUGAAAAUAACUCUAAACUAUCAAACAUUUUUUUAGCAGCAUUAAUUAAAGCAACUGAUAUAAAAGAGUUUGGUAAUGAUGCUUGUUUACUAGAGUUAAUAAAUGAGAUGAACAGUAUAGAAAAAGAAGGUGUUAGUAUUUCUACUGAAUUUGGUAAUAUACAAAUUCAUUUUGUGCUUGGUUUAGUAUUAGGAGAUAACUUGGGCCUAAAUAGUUUACUAGAGUUUAGUAAAUCAUUUUCUGCUAAUUACUAUUGUAGGUUUUGCAAAUCACACAAGUUAGUUUCCCAUAAUCUAUGUGAAGARAAUAGUGCAUCUAUGCGUACUAUGGAAAAUUAUGCAGAAGAUGUAGCUUUAAAUAAUUUUAGCGAAACUGGUAUUUAUAAAGAAUCAAUACUAAAUAAGUUAAAUAGUUUUCAUGUGACACAAAAUUAUGUUGUUGAUAUCAUGCAUGACAUUUUUGAGGGUGUUUGUCAUUAUAAUUUGUGUCAUAUAAUUAAGUACUAUAUUGACUUACAGAUAUUCUCUUUGGAAACRUUAAACCUGAGAAAAAAAAAUUUCAACUAUGGACCACUUGAAAGUGGAAAUUUGUCUCCCGAAAUCACAGAGCUACACUUAAGUAAAUUUCGUUUAAAAAUGACAGCAAGGGAGAUGAUGACAUUUGUUCAUUAUUUUUCACUUAUGAUAGGGGAUUUAAUACCCAUAUAUGAUGAAGUUUGGAAUUUUUACUUGGUUUUUAUCAUUUUAUAA